CAUGUAAUCAUCUCUCUUGUUUUGAUUGUGUGUGUCUUGAAACAGGUCUUAAAUAAGUUCUUGAAAAUUUAAAUUUAUAGCAGAUUUUCGUGUUUUAUCAGCUAGAAAUGGAAAAUAUCUUGGAGGAUUAUAUAUCCUCUGAAGAUUUAAGAAAAUUUGAAGCGGUGUAUCAUGAGCAUUUACAAAACGGCACUGUAUCUCCACGGGAGCAGUUUGACUAUGCUUGGUGUCUAAUCAGAAGUAAAUAUGCGGCUGAUAUUCGAAGAGGUGUUGUGUUAUUGGAAGAUCUAUUUCAUAAUGGUGAUGCAGCUGCAAAACGAGAUUACUUAUACUACUUAGCAGUUGGACACACAAAGUUAAAAGACUAUAACCAGGCUUUGAAAUUAAUAUCAAAAUUCUUAAGCAUUGAACCUACGAACAGACAAGCCCAAGAGCUGCAGAAAUUUGUUAAAGAGAAAAUGAAAAAAG